AUGCGUCCUGCCGCCAUCCGCCUCUCUGUCUCUCGCGCCCAGGGCGCUAUGCGCCCCGUCGCCCGCCCCAUCGGCAUGCAGGCUCGCCCUCGCGUCGCCCAGCAGUCCCAGAAGAUCUCGCAGGUCCGCUACAACUCGUCGUCCUCGGGCGGCUCGGGUGACGUUCCCAACACUGUCAUUCUCGCGACUCUUGUCGCUAUCGCUGUCGGUGGAUACGUCUACCUCAAGCCCAUCCGCAAUGUCGCUGCCAAGGUUGACCAGGCCACCGACCAGCUCCAGGGCGUCGGCCAGAAGGCCCAGAAGCUCGCUGAGCAGGGUGCCGACAUUGCCAAGGAGGGAGCUGAGAAGGUUGCCGACCAGGGCGCUUCCGGCCUCAUGGACCUCGCUGGCAUGAUCUGGCCCGCUGGCGCUGCUCUGGCUACCGGCGGUAUCGGUGGUCUCCUCACCCAGCUCAAGGGCGGUGACCUCGACAACGUCAUUGAGAAGCUCAAGAAGUACGGCGGUGACGAUGUCAAGAACAUUAUCGACGAGGUCCAGAAGGCCCUCCAGAAGGCUGACAACGACCCCACCAAGGUCGACUGGAAGUCGCUUGCUCAGUCGCUCUCCAAGCAGUACGGCGGCAAGUACCAGAGCACCAUUGACACCCUGAUCGGCAAGGUUCCCUCGCAGGACGAGAUCAACGACUACCUCAAGAAGGCUAAGGAGGCCAGCAAGGACCAGCUUAAGAAGCUCGACGACGCUGCCAACCAGGUCUACAAGUCGAUUGAGAAGGCCUCGAAGGACGGCAAGGACAAGGGCGAGGCCUUUGUCAAGGGUAUCACGGACGCCACUCCCGAUGACCUUAACAACAUGAUCGACCAGGUCAAGGACAUGGCCAAGUCUGUCGGUAUCCCCGCCGACCAGAUCGAGAGCUACCUCAAGGUCAAGGCCAAGGACUCGAUCACGAACGCGCAGGAGUGGGCCGACACGAUCCAGAACAACGCCGAGACCUUCAUCCAGUGGUCGCCCGUUGGACCUGACACGAUCGUCGAGAAGGUCUCCGAGUUCUCCCCCGCCAUGGGCAAGGUUGUUCAGGAGCUCCUUAACGACGCCCAGGACAAGCUCAAGCAGGGCAAGAAGGUCCUCGACAAGGAGGGCGACAAGGCCAAGAAGGCCAUCGACCAGUCGAACGACUCGUCCUCCAAGUCGUCCAAGAAGUAA